GAACCAGUCGGCCAGAAGGAGGCCCCCGCCGUACAGUCGUCGUGCCGCUCUUGCCCAAAGGAUUAAACACCUCGCCGGCCCCUACGCUUCUCUCCGUACCACCCGAGCGCCCGGACACACCACCGGCACCAGAAAGUUGAGCAGCCAUGUGGCUGCUGCUGCUGAGCGCCGUGGCUGCGCUACUCGCGCCGCCUGGCGCGCUGGCCAAGUGCCCCUGGUCGCGGGACUUGGUCGACCUACACGCCGACUGCAUCUGCGCCUACAGCAGCACGCAGCGCCUUUCCGUCCAGUGCAGCCCCGUGAACUUCGCGCGACUCAUGAACGCGCUGCACGCGUCGGCGCAGAACGUGCCCAUUGAUCUGCUCCACAUCAACAACAGCACCGUAGAAGCGCUGCCGGACGGUGCGUUUGCCAAGCUGGACAUCCAGUCGCUGCAUCUGGCGCGCUGCCAGUUGCGUCAAGUUUCCGAGCGAGCGCUACAGGGCCUCGAGAACAGCCUGGCCAGCCUCAGCUUGCCCGACAAUCGGCUCGAGGAGGUUCCCGUGGCGGCGCUGCGACGCCUGGCUUCGCUCCGCCAGCUGGACCUGUCCAGCAACGCCAUCCGGCAUGUACCCGACGGGGCAUUCAGCGGCCUGCCUCUGAAUACGCUAAAGCUGGCCGACAACGAGUUGAACAUCGCGGACGACGCAUUUGCCGGCCUCCAGGACUCGCUCAAGAACCUCAACCUCAAGGGCACCGGCCAGGAGCGCGUGCCGCGCGCCGCCAGCCAGCUGACCUCGCUUGCCUUCCUGGACCUGGCGCAGAACAAGAUUGCAAGCCUGGCACCCGAGGACCUCAGCGGCAUGCACACGCUCACCGCGCUCAACCUGGAGCGCAACCGCAUCGUCAAGAUCGAUGCAGACGCAUUCGCCGGCAUCAACGACACUCUCAGUUCACUCUCGCUGCUCAACAACCUCCUCGUCGAGUUCCCCGGCCAGGCACUCGCCACGCUCACCGAACUUCGGGUCCUUGACCUGGGGUUUAAUGGGAUUCGGAACCUACCAGAUGAUGCCUUUGCAAACAACCCUUUCCUCACACUCCUGGCACUCGAUGGAAAUCCCAUGGCAACAAUACCACUAGAACCUUUCCGACACCUCAACACUACUCUCAGGGGAAUCAGUAUUGGAGGACCCUACCUCGAGUGUGACUGCAGGAUAAGGUGGAUUGCAGAGUGGAUUGCAAACAAAGACCUCCAAGUAACAAGUCGUGAACGAAACCCUCAAUACUGUGGAAAACCUGACCACCUCAAGCGACGCACAUUUGCAAAAAUUGAGCCUUCAGAGUUUAUAUGCAAUGUUUCAACUACAACAACACCACCUCCAACAACAACUAUAACGACGACAACAACAGUUCCUACGUCAACUACCGAAAAUGAGCCCGUGAUGCCAACCACCACAAGACCUCCUACGACACCAAGCACCACAAUAAUGAUGACAACUACUACCACUACUAGUACUACGAUGACACCUUCAGUGGAGCCAGCAAUAACUACAACUACAGCUCCUGAACCAACAAGUGUUCACAUCAAUGAACUGGUUGUUGCAGAAACCACCACCUUCAAGGAGCCAUUUGUAUCAUUGAGUGAGUCAGCAGCUGAUGUCGUCACAUAUGCUCCAGAGCAAACUGAUGCACCAGCACCAUCUCAAAGACAGGCCAGCAACAAACAUGUUCGUCCACUACUAUCAUCCCCAAGGAAUCAAGACACUCAGGCACCAUCCAGCAAAGUUCUGUUAGUUCCAUAUAUUGUGAAUGCUCAAAGAAAAGAUUCGGCAGUCACUAUUGAAUGGCAAAGUGAUGGCGAGUCUCCUUUAGGUUUCCAAGUAGUUUACCGAUUAUUCGGAGAAAAGAUUUAUCGCCAUGGCCCUACACUCCGGCCAGAACAGAGGAAGUACACAAUGCAAAAUCUGCCUACAAAUGAGUGUCUUGUGGUGUGCAUUGUAAACCUGCAAGAUGCGCAAGACAUCGGUAUAGAUGACAUCCUACCAUCCCGGUGCAAGGAGCUCAAGCUAGAGCGCUACGUAAUUGCCCAUUUAGACAAAAUCAUAAUUGCGUCCUCAGCAGCUGUGUGUGGCAUCAUCAUACUUGCUGUCAUCAUCUUUCUCUGUUGCUGGCGGAAAAAGCAAAGUCGUAGCAGUGAUACCAAAUCUCGCCUGCCAUUGCCAACAUCUACUGUGCACCCAACCAUCAAGCCAACAGAUGAGUGGGAGACUGUCUCCAUGUACAGCAGCCGGAGCAUUCCUCGGGCACGCAUGUACCACAUGGACAAUGCCAAUGGAUCUGUAAACCAGAGCUUUGUCAUGGAUGACAACCGCUCCCACAUUUCCCAUUUCUCGCACAUGCCCAAUGGCUACUCCUCAAAGGCCCGCUCUACAGCUGACGGCCAGUCUCACAGGUCCUAUUCUCAAAUGUCCAACAAGUAUCGUGGCCUUGGCAACCCAGAAGUUCGCAAGUCACAGCAGUCCUUAUCAGCUUUGUCGGGAGCUCAUUCUUUUCUCGAUGCUCACGCAGGGCCACCAACGCGACCACUUGCGAAUGGCAAAAAGAGAGUGCUGCACAACGGCCGGCUUGCAUCGGCCAGUUCCAUGCACUCACUUAAUGAGUAUGACUCAGACUGGAAUGCCCGGACAGAAAACUGGAAAGACAAUGAAGUGGACAUAUACGUAGGACAGAGUCACGUGGCACCUUCCCACAGCAAGUACCACCACCGGUAGGACACUUGCCCCAACUCGUUGUGCAGCUAUGGCAUCAGAGUGCUCACACAUCACCACUAGUGCAAGGUGUCUAUGUCAGCGUGCAAGCAUGGUUUUCUGCCAUGCUAGACAGCACUUGUCUUUUGUGGUGCUCCAUAAUGGCUGUUCAUUGCAACCGCAAGUUUUCUGCCUGUAUGAAAUGUUGUCAGUGAAGUGCCAAAAACAGGAGUAUCGCUGAGGAACUUCUGCAACUGUGCUCUGCGCUACGUGGCUGAACUAUCAGAGUGCUCGAGACUUUUUGUUGUUUAGUGUAAAGCUAUAGUGAACUCAGGAGUGCAGACAUGCACAACCUACUAUGUUCACACUGCAGAGCAGUAUGUUCAAAAAGGACUAUGCUUUAUGCAUUAUACAAAUAGAAACACUGUUUAGUGCUGCCAUUGCCUUGUGACUCACCCACAACACAAGUGAGAAAAGUUGAAAAAGGAAAUGUUUAUAAUGCAUUCUUUACAUGUUUCUUUACGCAGAGUUGUCUGAAGAGCCAGAGAAGGAGAUAAGUCACAUUUACUAAAAAGAUUCACAAACUGUCAAUUUUAUCAUACAGUCACUGAAACUUUUCUAUGUUGUUGAUAAGCCAAUAGAGAUUAUGGACAGGAACAAUCAUAAGUAGUGUUCUGAAAUACUACACGUAUUUUCAAGAUUCAAACGGCUGUCAACCGAACAAUCCCUUCCUCUUAUGCCAGUCUGAAUCAUUAAUUCAAAUAUGAAGAAAUACAAUGGUAGAUUGUAGAGAUACAUGCUGAAAUAACACAUAUCAUAAUUGCAUAUAUGUACAGCUGUGUGUUGCAAAUGCAGAUAGCUAGUUAAUACUCUUACGGUGAUUAUUUUGUACCAAUCAGUGCUUUUAUCAUGCAUUUUCAUUUAUAAAAAAUCUCAUUGUUCAUCCUGUACAGAGUGUCUGGUGCCUGAACAAUAUACUUUUCCAACACAGUUGAAAAGGUUUCUUUGCUCUCAUGGGGACAGUGCAAAGUAAGCACUUUUAUGGAUGUUACCACCUUUUAUGAAAUGUACUUCAGG